UGAAGACCCAACAGCUGGAACAGCUGGGAGACACCCUUCAGGAGGGGCAGAGAGUUUCUCUGUCCCAGCAGCAGAGCGAGGAAGAGAAGCACCACCUACAGGAGCAGCUGGAAGAGCCCAGUCAGCAACAGAUUCAAUACAGGGGGCAACCACAGGGGGCGCUGUAGAGCUGACAGCAGCAGCUGGCACUGAGCAGGGGAAAAGAGAAACCAUUGCUGAGACAAAGGCAGGAACACAGCCCCAUGCAGAGGUGAAGAUGAACAGCCACACAUGGGGAGAGUGGUUCACUGGAAUGAUGUGGUCUGGAAAGCCUGGAGCUGAGAAGACCUCAAGAAACUCCACCCAGGAUGACCAGAGGACCACAGCCAGGACAGAGAAGACAGACUCAGUAUCUGACUCAUUUGAGAUAAUUAAUCCCAGUUGGAGGAUUGUCCUGUUCGGAAGGAGAGGAGCAGGGAAAACGUCCUCAGGAAACACCAUCCUGGGACAGGAGGAGCUCAGAUCAGCUGCCCCAGUGUGUGAGAGGAGACUGGGAGACGUGUCUGGGCGGCUGGUUUCUGUGGUUGAGCUGCCACCCUUGUUUAACACGGGGCUUUCAGAGGAGGAAGUGACACGUGAGACUCACCGCUGUGUCUCUAUGAGUGACCCUGGUGUCCACGCCUUCCUCCUGGUCAUUCCUGCAGGGCCUCUCACAGACAGAGACAAGGGAGAACUAGACCUGAUCCUGGACAUGUUCAGCAAGAGAGUCACUGACUAUAUCAUUGUACUGUUCACCUCACUGAAGAAAGAACCUAAAGAUCAGUUUCUCAAGAAGAACACAGACUGCCAGCAGCUGGUGCAGAGGUGUGGGGGCAGGUACCUGGUGUUCAGCACCAGGGAGAGGGGAGCCCAGGUGUCACAGCUCCUGCAGAAGAUAGACAGCAUGGUGAAGGAGAACAGGCCUGACUGCUACACUGCUGACAUGUACCUGCAAGCUCAGGUGGACAGGAGAGUCAGGAGACUCCAGCAGGAGCUGGAGGAAAAGACUGGGGAUGUUUCACCAGGCACUGCAGGUAAAGAGGAAGACCGGGAGUGUGUGAGGAUGGUGCUGAUUGGGAAGACAGGCUCUGGGAAGAGUGCCACUGGGAACACCAUCCUGGGCAGAAGGGAGUUUGUAUCUAAAGUCAGCACCAAGUCAGUAACUGAUGUGUGUCAGAAAGUGAAAGGAGAGGUGGAUGGGAGACCCAUAGCUGUGAUUGAUACUCCUGGACUGUUUGACACACAGCUGUCUAAUGAGGAAGCUGAAGAGGAAAUAGCCAAGUGUAUCUCCCUGUCAGCCCCAGGACCCCAUGUGUUCAUCCUGGUGUUACAGGUGGGCAGGUUCACCAAAGAGGAGAGAGACACAGUGGAGCUGAUCAAACAGAUCUUUGGCAAAAGGGCUGAAAUGUACACUAUAGUCAUAUUCACCAGAGGGGACGACCUGGAGAAUAAAAAUACUGAAUUCUUUAAAGGUGAUCGCAGAAUCGAGCGUCUAAUUCAUCAAUGUGGAGGAAGGUACCACGUCUUCGACAACAAAGAAAUGAGCAAUCGCACCCAGGUGAGGGAGCUGCUGGAGAAGAUCGACAGCCUGGUGAGAGAGAACGGAGGAGGAUUCUACACCAGCCAGAUGUUCCAGGAGGCAGAAGCUGCCAUCAGACAAGAGCAGGAGAGGAUCCUGAGGGAGAGAGAGGAGGAGAUGAAGGCCAAACACAAAGAGGCAAUGGAGGAGAUGAAGAAGAGGCUGGAAGAGGAGAGAGAAAGAUUUGAGAAAGAGAGGAAACUGAGAGAACAGCUUUAUAAAGAAAGAGAAGAAAGCCUGGCAGAGGUCAUGUCAUGGCCUGGACACACAUGUCUGUCCCUGGAGCAGGAUCACUCGUCCAGGUGA